AUGAAUAAUAAUAAAUUAAAUAAAUUAAUUGAAUCAAUAGAUCAAUAUAUUAUUGAAAAUAAUGAUGAUAAAAUCGAUAAACUUUAUAAAUCAUUAAACAAUGAAGAAUAUGAUGACUUACCAGUAUUAAAAGAUGCAAUUACCAUUGCAUAUAACAUUCUUUUAGGUGAUUCAUUAAACUUUUCAUUAAGAACCGAUUUUAUGAAGAAAUUAUUUUUAUUACAAGAUCUUAAAGAAGGUGAUUUCGAAAGUAACCCACAGGAAUACUUUGACAAAGUAGAUAACAAUAUUAAAAGUUUAACAGAAACCCCAUUAAACCAAUUAGCAGUUUUAGUAUCGGGUAUUUCUUUUUUAAAUUUAUAUGUACAAAUUAAUUGGACCGGUCCAACUCUUGAAAUUUCAAAAGAGUUUACUUUCCCAAAUGAUAAUAAAGAAAUUAGAAAAUUAUUAGAAGUUGAUGGUGAAUAUAUCUAUUCAAAAUGUAAAAACCCAAUCUUUUUAUAUUUAGCCAAAAUUUGUUUAGUUGAUAACUAUUCAUUUUUAUCAGAUAAUUGUAAAUCAGCAUGUUGGUGGAGUUGCAGAGCAAUUAUGACACAUCAAAAAUCAUUAUUUAAUCCAACACCAACAUUCAAAACAUUAUUAAACGAAAGAUUCCAAAUUGUAGUUAGAUUUUAUUCCAUUGACUCAUUAUUAAACUCAAAUGAAGAUGAAAUGGACACAUCAGACAAUAGUGGUGAUAAUGAAAAAUCAAAAAAAGAUAAAAUCAAUUUAUUAAAAGAUUUAGCAACCAGAGCAAUUAUAGAACAAUCAUUAGUAUUCAGUUAUUAUAGACAAUUAAAUAAAAUUAAAGACUCUGUUGAAAAAGCCUGUGAAGCUUCAGAAUUAGAAUGUUCAUUAACUGGUGCUUUAGGUAGAAGAACUCGUUUCCAAACUUUCGAUACAGCUCAAUUAGUAAUUCAAAUUAAUAACGCACGUAAAAGAGAUGAAGAUGUUGAAGAUACAGUUUUUGACAGAAAUACAUCAAUUAAAAGAGAAGUUACAAAUGAUGACCCAACUUUACUCGUUAGACCAGCAUUAAAAGAACAAGUCGAAGGCCAAAAUAAAAACUUACGUAAUAUUGAUCAAGCUUUAAUUUUGCUUCAAUGUUUAAAUGUAAAGAACCAAAAUAUUAACAAUGGUUUAACCACCGAAGAGAUGAUGCCUUACAUUCAAAAGACAUUAGAAAAAUCAAACAAUUGGCUUAUUCAUUCAAUGGGUCUUUUAAUUAAAUCAAGAUUAGAGAUUGUUUCCUCCAAAACUGCCGAACGUGCUGUUCUUCAAAUCCAAGCACUUGUCGAUCAAUAUGAUGACCCAACUUCAAGCGGCUUUGAAAGAAUGAAAUUCGUUUACAGUUUAGACUAUCCAACUCGUUGGGAAAUCGAAAAAGAAGUUGCUGAAAGAUUUAUUGGUAUUGGUGCAGCUGCCUCUGCUUUUGAAAUUUUCGAACGUUUAGAAAUGUGGGAAGAAGCAAUUAAGUGUCUCACCUUUAUGGGAAAGAAUGCUCGUUCCGAAGAAUUAGUAAGAAUGCGUCUCGCAAUCGAAGAAACACCAGAACUCUACUGUGUAUUAGGUGAUUUGAAGGGUGAUCCAGAGUAUUAUAUUAAAGGUUGGGAACUUUCAAAGAAACGUUAUUCACGUGCUCAAAGAGCUUUAGCACGUUGCUAUAUGGAAAAAUUAGAGUACCAAAAAUGUAUCGAAUCUUUCACAAUUGCUUUAUCCAUUAAUCCAUUAUUCCCAAAUGCUUGGUUUACCAUGGGUUGUGCUGCUAUGAGAAUCGAAAACUGGGAAACUGCCAUCAAUGCAUUUUCAAGAGUAGUAUCAUUAGAACCAGAAGAAGGUGAAGCUUGGGCUAAUUUAGCAUCAGUUUAUAUGUACUUGAAACAAAUGGAUAGAGCCUUCAAUGCUCUUCAAGAAGGUUUAAAACAUAAAAGAGAAAGUUGGAAAAUGUGGGAAAACUAUCUCCAUUGUUGUGUUGCUAUCAAAGACUAUCAAAAUGCAAUCAUUGCACUUAAUCAAAUCUUUGACCUAAAUAAUAAAAAAAUAGAUCUCAAAAUUUGUACACUAGUCGUUAAUCAUGUUAUCAAUAACGACAUCGAUAGACAAGGUAUUCCAGGUAGAAAGAUUGAAAAAAUUGUCUCUGAAAUGUUUGGCCGUAUCACUUCAAAACUCACCAACAAUCCAGAUUUAUGGCGUAUUUACUCUCAAUAUCAUUAUUCAUUAGGUAACACCGAUAAGGCAAUUGAUCUCUUACAAAAAGCAUGUCGUUCAGUCGAAACUGCCUCAUGGGAAGGCCAACAACCAACUUUUGAAAAGGUUGUCGAAUUUAAUAAUAAUUUAUGCAAUCUUUACUUUGAAAAUCCAACCACAUCAAAUAUUUAUUCUGCAAAACUCAAAAUUAAAGGUUUAAUUAAAAAAUGUGAAGUAUCUUGGAAACAUACAGAUUCAUUUAAAACAUUAGAGCAAUUAUUAAUUAAAUUGGAAGAAAAAGAAUUGGAAUUAAAAAAAUAA